AUGAAGGUAAAAGCUGCCGUUAUGUGGGAAGUUGGUCAGCCUCUCGAUAUUCGUGAGGUCGAUCUCGAUGAGCCGAAGGCCGGCGAGGUUUUGGUGAAAGUCGGUUCCGCCGGCAUCUGCCGCAGCGACCGCCACUUCAUGCACGGCGACGCCCCCAUCGCCAUCCCCGUCGUCCUCGGACACGAGGGCGCCGGCACCGUCGUCCAGACCGGCCCUGGCGUCACCCUGGCCAGCGAGGGCGACCAGGUCAUCCUGUCCUUCGUGCCCGCCUGCGGCCGCUGCCGCUCCUGCCUCGAGGGCCACAGCAACCUCUGUGAUCUCCACGCGGCCACCGGCGCCAACAUGCUCGACGGCACCACCCGCCUCCACGCCGACGGCAAGGACGUCCACCACAUGGGCAAGGUGGCCUGCUUCGCCGAGUACGCCGUCGUUCCCGAAACUGGCGUGGUGCCUCUCGCUGACUCCAUCCCCAUGGACAAGGCUGCCAUGAUCGGCUGCUCCGUCACCACCGGCGUCGGCGCGGCCAUCUACAGCGCCGAGAUCAAGCCCGGCAGCACCGUCGCCGUCAUCGGCUGCGGCGGCGUGGGCCUCAGCGUCAUCAUGGGCGCGGCCCUAGCCAACGCCGGCCAGAUCAUCGCCGUGGACAUCCGCGAGGCCCAGCUCGAGUUCGCCAUGCGCUUUGGCGCGACCCACACCGUCAACGCCGCCGACCAGGACCCGGUUCGCCAGGUCAAGGAUCUCACCGGCGGUCGCGGCGCCGACUACACCUUCGAGGUCUUCGGCAGCGGCGACACCACCAAGGCCGCCUACGAUAUGGCCGCCAAGCGCGGCAUCGUCACGGUGGUUGGGAUCGCGCCCUGGGGCCAGGAGGCAAGCAUCAACGCCGUCGACCUCGUCCGCAACGAGAAGACCCUGCGCGGCUCCUACUACGGUUCCGCCCGAUCCCGCACCGACAUGCCGGUCAUGGUCGACCUGUACCAAUCCGGCAAGCUCAACCUCGACGACCUGGUCGUCCGCCACUACACCCUCGACCAGAUCAACGAGGCCUACGCCGACCUCGACCGUGGAGAAAUCGGCCGCGGCGCCAUCAUGUUCGACUAA